GCAGGACAGCUAGCACGCUAGCUAACUUGGCAGGAAGGGUAGCUUACAAGCCUUACUUAACAUUAGUUUCAUUUCUUUGCUAUUUGCGAGCUGGACUAGCUUGCUAGGUAAUGAUAUGACAACUAACCAGGCAAACCUAGUCUGUUAUUAGCUAAUUUAGUAUAUUCACUGCUAUCUUUUAUAACUAGCAAGCUGUAACGGUAGUUUCACGUAGCUAAACUCAUAGUUGGUUGCCUUAGUUUAUCCAAUGCAGAAAUUAACGAAAGCACGUCAAACUAUUGAAGUAACGCUCGAUGGUUUGCUUGCAUGCAUCGAUAUUGCAUUAUACAGAGUGAAAAUUGUAGUUGUCUUGUGUGCUCGCUAGCUAGCUACAUGUGAAAUAAGUCUCUGUAGCAUUUUAAAUGUCGCGGUUGAAUGUGACGCUGUGGUAGAGGUUAGUUGUUUACGUUAGCGGUCAGUGAUCGUAACUUGCUAGCAAGCUAAACAUAUUUUUGAUUUUCAAUGCAUUAAUGAUGCCUGCAUAGGUGUUACCUAAACCCCAAACAUGCAAGGUUGAUUUUUGCUAACUGGUCUUGGUAAUGUUAGCUCUGUUUCCAGAUAAGCGCGGGUGGUUGCCUUGGUUACAGACCGUACCGUCAGCUUGUUGCGCUCCCGCUGCUAUCUGUGUGUAAACUAGCUAGCUAUCGGAGAUGCUGAGGACAGAAGACUGACACUUCGUCAUUGUUAAACAAUAUGAAUAGCAUCGAUACAAAAUGCGGAUAAACUGCCCUUUCAGAGAGUCCGUCAUUGUAAGGAAUGGAAAAGACUCCUGAGGUAAUCAUCCGACGGCCCCCGAGUGCCACUACCAGCCACCCGGGCUGCGCCCUGCAUCACAGCCAGACACAAUGAAGAAAAUAUUCAGCUUCGCCAAGAAAAAGAAGGGGUUCUCUCCUAAUUCGUCUGACACGGGCAGUGUGCUGUCGGUCGGAUAUGAGAUUAAGGAGAAAGACUUAAGUAAGAUCCACAAAGCUGCAUCUUCGGGCGAUCUUUCCAAGCUGAAACAACUCGCAAAGAAGAAUGAUUUAAGUCAACUUGAUAAAGAAAACAGAACACCUCUACACAUCGCCUGUGCUAAUGGACACGUUGAGAUUGUGCAGUUCUUGGUGGAGAGCAAAGCCAAGCUGAACCUAUGUGACAAUCAGAACAGAUCCCCGUUAAUGAAGGCAGUGCAGUGCCAGCAGGAGCGCUGUGUGGUCACCCUUUUGGAGCACAAUGCUGACCCCAACCUGGUGGACAUCAAUGGGAACACUGCCUUGCACCUGGCUGCCCUCAUCCCCUCCAUCUCCAUGGCUGUGCAGCUGCUGGAGCACGAAGCCAACGUCAAUGCCCAGAACAAGGACGGUUGCACCCCUCUGACUCUGGCUGUGACAGAAAACCAUGUCGAAAUGGCAGAGUUCCUCCUGAAGGAGGGAGCAGACGUGAAUGCGGCUGACCAGGGUGAAAGGACGUCUUUGAUGAUUGCUGCUUGUAACGGCCAGAUCAGCAUGGUGCGCCUGCUCUUGCGGUACAAUGCAGACGUAACGAUAAAGGACGAGAAAGGGUGGACAUCUGAUGACUACGCGGUCAUGAAUGGUCACCAUGCGUGUUCGCAUCUGAUAAUUGAACAUGGAACAAAGGGGAAGACUCAGCCAUCGCCCUCUCAUUUCGCUUCGACCGGAAAGAAGCCGGCGGCCGUAUUGGGCAGCCCACGGCACAUGGCUCAGGCAGGCCCUGCCCUAGGGCAACCAGCCACUGACAGAGAAGAACUGCAGCUGUCAGGAGCAGCUGAAGCAGGCAAAGUUGAUGAAGAUGAUUCACAGGCAGAAUCUAUCAGUAGAGCAUCACGUAGAGGCGCUGGUGAUUCAUGGCCUUCUUCAGAUGAAGAUGACUUAGACUUCAGCCCAAAGAAAACACAAAAGCCAAACCUAAAGAAACUAAUGAGUGCCUCACAAAAGGGCAGGACUGAUGUGAUAGCAGAUGUGGAUAGAUCCUCAAGUGAAUCCCAGUCUGAGCAGGAGAGUGAGGGUGAAGCCAAGAGAAACUCCUCCCUCCCUGUGGCUUUACCCCCGACUAUCGCCCUCCCCAACCCAGCAUCCUCAUCUUCCCCAUCCUUUUGUAAACCUCCUCAGGCAACUUCCACCCCUCCCAGCCACUGUAAAAAGGAUGGCAUUUCCACUGAAGACGAUGAGGAAGACGAGGAUGAAGAAGAAGAUGAUGAUGACGAUGAUGAUGAAGAAACCAAAGAGGAUGAGAAUGAAGAGAACAAAAGUAGAGAGGUUCCUGAUAUUAAUACAAAUGCUCAGGAUGGUCAGAAGUCACAUGGUGCCAGUGUAAAACAGAAAAGUAACCCUAAAGAUGUCAAAAGAGAUUUCCUGUCAGAAUUGGGCCUGGAGGGAGGAGAGGAGGAGGAGGAUUCGCCCUGGGACUCUGAGUCUGGCUCUGACAGUCCAGGGAAACUGCAAGGUGUGGCCCACACCCCUGUGAAGGCACAUAAAGUGAUGGCCAGCAUUUCAGAGGAGAAAAAUGAAGACCCCUUUUACAUUCCUUCUUUCUUAAGAGGAUCAAGACACUGUAGGAUGGCUAAUCUAGAGAUUCCAAGGAGAUUAGUCAGGACGGGAGACCUUUCAGCUCCGGAUUUGCAAGAUGGUGGUUUGGAAAAGAAGCCAGUAUUAAAAGCCCAGCCAGCACCUGUCUUACCCAAACCAGCUGAACCUAAAGAUGAUGCUGUCAAAAACAAAGAUUUAAUGGAAGAACUUGGUUUGGAUGAUGCUGAUGAUCUUGAAGAUGCUUCGGACUGGGACACAGCGAGCACCGCCAGCCGGACCAUCGCUGGGCGCAAGCUGGCCUCGCCCUCGGGAGAGGAGCCCGGCGAGAGGCUGCCUGCCGCUCAGAGCAAAGCCCAGGGUCCCCCCAGCCCGACGGCCCGAACCCCCCCACUGCCCAGCCCCCGUUCCUCAAACCCCUCCGCAACACUACAGCCUCAGCCACAUCCCCGUGCCAGGAGACUUCUACCUGCCACAGCAGAGAGCGAGGAAGAGUCUGACUGGGAUUCAGAAAGCGGUACCCCUGCCUCUAGUCCGAGAAAGACUGGAAAACUACAGCCAAAUCUGCCUGAAGAUAAAGCCAUAUCUAAGCCAGACAUCCUGCCGCACCCACGUCAGCUCAGCCCUGAGGAUGGAGGGAGCAGAGGCAGUGUGGAGUCAAAGGAGGAGCCGCACAAGGAGAGGCAUGCCGUAGAUACCUCAGGGUUAGACGUGAGUAACCCCACCCACGUCACCCCUGGGGAGUCGCACAGUCGAUCGACUCAGGAGGAAGAGGGCACCAGGACAGGAGAUAAAGCUAGCGAGCCGUGGGAAAAGCGCUAUGAGAAGAUAUGGGUGGAGAUCGAGAAGAGGGAGGUGAAAUCACAGUUCAAGAGCGUCGCGGCUGAGCUAAAGGAGAAGUUCGGGGAAACGCAGAAGGAUGCCGGCGAGCCCACCCUUAACGCGGGCAGCGGAGAGGAUGAGGAUGAGCAUGGGGAGGGAGACGCUCCGUUCAGGACAGCGGAGGAAGAGUCCAGUGAGGAAGAGGAGAUAAUUCGACCUGCUGCCAGAGCUAAGAGCUUAGUCCUGCUGCCCAUUCCUGAACAGAGAGAAUCGGGGCUGGAGGACUCAGCGACUGAGCCAGCAGAGAGCCCUCAGUCUGAGAGGAGAGCACGGCGACAGUCUGGCUCACCACAAGACCCUUGCAGUGCUGAGAGCAGCCAGCGGGGGGAGCCUGACCGCAUUACAGAAAAGCAGGAGAACAAGCAAUUUCCUGCUCUGCGCCUACCAGGAAGUGACCUCAAAGACAGUGACACUGACCUUGAUGUUGACGCUGGGAACUGCCGUGAAAGGAAAAAAGAACUUGACUCUGAAGAAAGCUCCAUCAGUGAACCCAAACUCAAACUCCACCCCAGCAAGGAGUCGAAACUGUGCGCAUCUGCUCAAAGAACACACAACGAAACCGAAGCAGAGGCGGAGGAUUCUGAACCAAGCCCAUCCCCCUCCCUGCACACCAACCCCUCAGCCUCCCUGCGCUACUCUGACGAGGAGCUGGAGGAGGAUCGGCACAGGUUCCAGCGCGAGGUAGGGAAGCUAAGGGUGGCCCUCCUGGAUUUGGAGAAGGAGAAGGCGCAGCUGCGGAAAGAGGUUGGCACGGAAAAGAAAAGCAUUAUUUCCGAGGUGCAAAGACCAGGUGGAUUGUGGGAUGGUGAAGGCUCAAGCAGACAGUCUGUGCAGGAGUCACAGGUGGUGAAACCUCCUCAGACCAGCCGAAAACAGCAGCUGAGUGAGAAGGGAAACGGGGUCACUCCAAAGGACAAGACCAGGGAAGGUCUUCCACAAAGGGAUUCGCCUAAAAGUCCAAAGAGUGGCAGCGCGGCCUCGAAGCAGGAAGGCGACGGUGUGAAUACAGGCGAAAGGAGCGCUCAGCGGCCCCCGCCCAGGCCCCGGCAAGCGGCCCACGCUAAUGGAGACCCGCUCUCUGUGUUUGAUGAUAGUACUGUGAGCGACGCCUCGGAGGAUGAUGGAAGGUCUGCAGCCGCAGGAAAUCGUGGAAACAAGGAGGCCAGUGAGAGGGAGAUGGCAGAUGACUUGGAUGAGCUCACUCAGUCCUCCGACACCCCCACCGAGGACGAGGUCUCCCCCACCUCAGGGUACCGCAACGCCUCCCUUCUCAUCCAGCAGCUCGAUUCCUCCUCAGUAGACUCUGUGAGCAUGGUGAAGCUGCAGAACAUGUUCCACGAAUAUGAGCGGACCAUCCAGCGAGAGAGGGGGCGCUAUAGUCUGCUGGCAGACAAGGUGUCCCGGCUAGAGAAAGACCGGGCGGAGCUGAGGCGGGCCCUGGAGGAGACCCGGGAGGGCCGGUCUGUCCUGGAGCGCCGCCAGGUGGAGCUGGAGACUGACCUCAAUAACCUCAAGUUUGCUCUGAAGCAGGAGCAGGAGAAGCACAGGAACGCGGCCAUGCUGUACGACAAGAGCCGGGAGCAGCUCCGCAAGAAGGAGGAGCAGCAGCGGGCCGAGGCGGAGGAGCGGCAGAGGACGGAGCUGGCCAUGAGGAACCUGGAGCUGGAGAUGAGGGCGCUCGUCAACAACAUGAAGCAGCUGGAGGAGGACCGCAACGAGGCCCAGCGGAUGCUGAACCAGGAGCGGAGCGCCCGGGCACUGCAGGAGGGCGUGCUCAGCUCCCACCUGCGCAAACAGAAGGAGAUCGAGGAGGAGAACCGCAGGAACUUCAACAAAAGCAGCGAGGCCAUGUCCCAGCUGUCGGAGGCCAGCGACCGGGAGAGGGAGCUGAUGCAGCAGAGCCGCGGCCUGCAGGAGGAGGUGACGUCGCUGCAGAUGGAGCUGGAGCGCGCGCGCUCCCACAGCCGCCAGGAGGAGGGCCGCCUCUCCGAGGAGAGCGAGGCCCUGCGGGAGCGGCUGGAGGACGUGCGGCGGGACCUGAAGCUGAGCGAGGAGGCGCUGGCGCAGACCGUCUUCCAGUGCAACAGCCAGCUGAGCGGCCUGAAGGCCGAGGCCUCGGUGGCCGCCGCCAAGCUGGAGCACGAGCGUCAGGCCCGCGAGAAGCUGGAGGCGGAGGCGGAGUCGGCGCGGGCGCGGCUGGCCUCCGCCCUCCAGGAGGUGGAGCGCAGCCAGGCGGGGCGGGCGGAGGCGGAGCGCGCCCUCCAGCGGGAGCGGGACGAGCGGCAGCGGGCGCGAGAGAAGCUGGACGCCGAGGCGGCCGCCCAGCGCGACGCCGUCCACGGGCUCUCCCAGCGGCUGGGCAAGGCCGAGGCCAAGGCCAACGGCCUGGAGAACGAGUGCCACCGCUCGGCCCUGGCGCUCACCGAGAAGACCCUGCUGCUGGAGACGGCCGAGCGCGAGCGCGAGCAGGCCCUGGCCCGGCUGGCCGAGCGCGACGCCGCCCUGCUGGCCGAGCGGGAGCAGCGCAGCAAGGCGGCGGCCAGGCAGGAGGCGCUGCAGGAGCGGCUGGGCCAGGCGCAGAGCGAGAACAUGCUCCUCCGCCAGCAGCUGGAGGAGGCGCACAGCCGGGGCGCGGUGAAGGAGCGCGCCGUGUCGGACGCGCAGGAGCGCUUCGGCGACAUGCUGGCCAAGCUGCGCUCCGACAGCGAGGAGCGCGUGCACAUGGUGGAGGAGCGGAGCCGGGAGCUGGCUGAGAAGAACACGGAGCUCCGCGAGCAGGUCCGCAAGCAGGAGCAGGAGAACGCCGAGAGAGAGGCCAAGCUGAGGCAGCUGCAGCAGGAGCUGGCCGACUCGCUGAAGAAGCUGUCCAUGUCUGAGGCCUCGCUGGAGGUGAACACCCGUUACCGUAGCGACCUGGAGGACGAGAAGCUGCGCCUGCAGAAGGAGAUGGACAGGCUGAAGGGAAAGCUGCAGGAGAGUGAGGAGCAGUUUGUCCAAUCGGAGAGGAGAGUCCACAGCUUGAAGAGCACCCUGGACGACAAAGAGCGAGAGAUCAUCGCCUCGUCUCAGAAACUGCAGGAGGUCCUCUCAGCUUCCACGGCGGCAGAAAAGACAAUCAAGCAGCUGGAGGAGGCGGUGCAGCGUUUGGAGAUUGAGAACGCCCGGCUGGAGGCCGGCGCCAAGCAGCAAACCAACAGAAUCGAGGUGCUGCAGAAGGGAGCCCAGGAGGCCGCACUGCCAUCAGAUUCAUCGCCUGGCGGAAUGGUGAGGAACCGUUUGGAGGGUUUGGUCACAGACCUACAAGGAGCAAAGAUUAAUUUGGAAGAUCAGCUCAGUCGAGAGGUCCAGAAGCAGAGUGUGCUAUCCCACAAUGCACAGGGCUCACACCAGUUGUGGGAGGAGGAGCUGAAGAGCCGCUCCAGGCUGGGCCUUCGAUUGGCUGAGCUAGAGAAGGAGAAAGAAGAUCUCUCAACUCAGAUGGAUAUUGAGCGAAAGAAGGUGAAGAAGAUCGCAGAGCAGAAAAAGUCUGUAGACGUCAGACUGGAGCAGGAGAUGAAGCGAAACACAGACCUGCAGAAAGAAAUGUACAGGUUGAGGACUCUGGUGAAAACUGCCAAAAAGAAGCUACGGGAGCAGGACUCGGGGGACGUGGCCUCCCCCCUCAGCAGCCUCCGAGGGGAGAUGGGCCACAGACAGAUGGACGCGGACGCCGCCGUCGGCAGGAUGAAGGUGGACGAGCUCUCGCUACAGCUGGAGAAGGAGGCUCUGAAAUGCAGCCGGCUGGAGGCCGUCAACGGCGAGCUGAAGGAGCAGCUCUCCUCCCUCAGGAGCCUGAGCAAGAGCCACGAGAGGCUGGAGAGGAGCAAGAGGCAGCUGGAGGAGGAGGUGUCGGGCCUGCGGAGGCAGAUGGAGACCAGCAUGAUGGACCAGAGCCAGGCUGAGCAGUACCGCCGUGAAACCGAGGAGCGGGCCCGGCAGGAGAUCAGACACAAGCUGGAGGAGGUCAACCUCUUCCUGCAGACACAGGCAGCCUCUCAGGAGGCUCUGGAGCAGAUCAAAGCAGCCAAUGAGGCGAGCCUCCGCAGCCAGCUGGAGCAGCGAGUCCGGGACCUGGACAGCGAGCUGAGCCGGCUCAGGACCAGCCAGCAGGACAGCCUCUCCCAGAGGGAGUCCACCAAGACCGAGCUGGAGCGCUACCGCGAGCUCUACGGCGAGGAGCUUCGGCUCCGCAAGUCCCUGGGUGCCAAACUAGAGAGGUCUAACGAGAGGCUAGCGGAGGCUAACGGCAGGCUGUUGAGCGAGCGCCAGCGCAGCAAGUCCCUCAUCACCAGCGGUAUCGUCAACGGUGGCCUGGCUGGGCCCUCCCUGGACAUGGGCCCGCUGGGCUCUGUGGGGGCCUACGGAGCAACGCUGGGGCCCCUCAACAGGAGCCUGAGCCUGGGGGGCAGUUUCCUCAACCCAGUGGGGGAAGGACACAACAGCAGGGUGGAGGCCUACCUGGCCAAGAUGCAAAGUGAAUUGGAGAAGAACAUAUCAAAGGAACUGGACCAUGCCGCGGCGGAGCUGGAGGGGGGGUCGGCACGCCUGUCCCCUGUGGGCUCAGCGGCUGGGUCGCAGAAGACCCUGAACGUGGACCAGGACCCGGUGACGCGUGCCACUCAGCAGUACCUAGAAGUCUUAAAGAAAAACUACAUGAUUUGACACUACAGCCAUCCUGUUUACAUCCACCCAAAUGGGGACGGCAGGUAUUCCAUCUGCCAUGUUUUCCCCUUGUACCACAUAACGGCCAUCACCCGCUCCCUUUUCAUUUCUAGAGGUGGCAUAUGAGAAUGAUGCACGCUGCACUUACUUGCUCAGGAGCAAACCACGUCCAUUUUAAUGUUGUUGAAGCCAUAUUUUUGCAUUUGUGAUUAAUGUGGUUCUAUGGAGUACCACACUUUCAGAAUAAUACUUUUUAAACUUUCCUUGAAAACAUUACAUUUAUUUCUGCAGUGUAUAUAUAGUUUAGUCACAUUUAGUGUGAGGUCAAGUUUUGUCCUUAACUUUGAAUUUAAAAAAAGAAUUAAGUGUGACUGUUCUUGUUACUUAUGAAAGUGGGAUUCAGUAGUAUCCAAAAAUUUUAAACUAUUGAAAAAUAAAUUGCUUAAAUUUACCAUCUGGAGUUAUGGCAUUUAAAGAGGUUCAAUUAGGCUUGUCCUCAAAUCUGUGGUAGUUUGUGUCUGAAAUGCUUUUCUUUGCUCCAAGAGUAUUAUAAUGUAUCUUGAAUUUUAUUGCCAAGUCGGCAGUUUUUAUGUUACAUUUGGUACAUGCCAUGAAAUGGUGCAAUAUGUUUUUGUCAUGUUUUGUAAUGACUGUAUUCAUAUGAGACGCCUGUUUUUUUUUUUAUUUAAAAAAAACAUAAGAUUUACUUGAAUGAGACAAACUUAAAUGAUUGUCUGUGUAUUUAUCCAGGGUAUAGAUAUUGUAAUAUGUUUUGUUCAUUAUAUUUAAGGUAGCCAUUUUAAAACUAAUCUCAAAGAAAGAAACACAGCUAAGACCCAAUGGAGUUCUUCCCAUUAAGUUUAUACAAGUUGCCAGGAUAAAAUGUGCAUCUUUGCAGCACCUAAAACAUGUAGUGAGCUCCAUAAUGUUUGGGACAAAGUUGGGUGAAAUGUACAUUCUCAGCUUUUAGGGUAUUUUUAUAUACCCUUUGGUUUUACCGUGUGGAAAUUUUAGAACUUUUUAUACAUAGCCCCCCUAUUUCAGGGCACCACAAUUUCUGGGACAUAUUAAUGAUAUGUAAAUGAAAAUAGUCACGGUUAGUACUUUGUCGCCUAUCCUUUGCUUGCAAAGACUGGUUUAAGUCUGUGACCCAGAGACAUCCCCAGCUGCUGAGUAUCUUCUCUGGUGAUGCUCCGCCAGGCCUGCACUACAAUAAUCUUCAGCUCCUGCUUGUUUUGGGGGCUAACUGUCUUAAGUUUUCUCUUCAGCAUAUGAAACGUAUGUUCAAUUGAAUUCCGAUUGGGUGAAUUUUCCAGUUUUUGGCUUUGUUGCUUUAGCAGUAUGUUUGAGAUCAGUUUCUUGCUGUAGGAUAAAGUGCUGUCCAAUGGGUUUGGAGGCAUUUGGUUUAACUUCAGCUGAUAAGAUGUUUCUGUACACUUCAGAAUUAAUUCUCCUGCUGCUACCUGCAGUUGCAUCAGUGAAGACAAAUGAGCUAGUAACUGUGGCCGUCCAUGCACAAACCAUUAUGCCCCCACCACAUUUCACAGAUGCGGUUUGGUGCUUUGGAUCUUGGGCUGUUCCUUUUGUCCGCAAGGCCUUUUUCCAGAACUCUGCUGGCUCUUUUAGGUACUUUUUAGCUAACUUUGACCUAGCGAAUCUGUUUUUGCAGAUAAAUACUGGUUAGUGUAGUGCAAGUUUGCAUCUUGCAGUGUAGCCCCUGUAGUUCUGUUCCUGACAUGUUCUGGGGACAAUGUUUCUGAAUUGUCAGACAGCUUUUUGGGGCUUUUGCUUCAUUAUGGUGAGGCUUUUUCGGUUAUGAACUGUGGAGGUCUUCCUUGGCCUACCAGGCCCAUUUUGAUUACUGAACUCACCAGUGCUCUAUCUUCUUAAUGAUGUUCCGAACAGUUGAUUUUGGUAACACUAAGGUCUGUCAAAUGUCUCUGACUUUUUUUUCCCCUCACCCUCAUAAAGGCUUCCUUGACCUUCAUUGGCACAACUCUGGUCCUCGUUGACAAAUGCAAAUAACAGACUCAAAACGCAAUCAAAAGCCUAGAAUCAAGACUAGAUACUGGAAGCUCUCUUAUACCUGCACAAAGGAAGAAUUGAACACACCUAAUCAGGAACACCUGUGAAACCAUUUGUCCCAAACAUUAUGGUGGCUUAAAAUAUGGGGACUAUAUAUAAAACGCUGUAAUUUCUACAUGGUGAAACCAAAAUGUAUAGAAGUACCCUUUUUAAGAAAAGCUGUGUGUGCACUCAAACCACAUGUGAAUUGUUUGAUUACAAAUCAUUACAAAUCUAAAAUUGUGGAAUACAGAGUGUUAAGAAAUUAUGUCUUUGUCCCAAACGUCAAGCUCACUGCAUACGUGUGUGCAUUUUCAGGGUUUUAUCAUUGAAGAAACUGUUGGGUUUGGGAAUGGACACAGGUCUGUAAUGUGAUGGUGCGAUUGUACAGUCUGGUGAAAAGACCACACCCUGGUAAUAACCCAAGAGCUGAUAACAAGUCUCUCACAGAGCCACUGUAAACUUGACAUGUCUCAUUGCUGCACUGGGGCAAAGCCUAAUUGUAAAUGGUCAGCUGUUUCUCCAUACAUAUCUUUGUAUUUUUCGAUUAAAAAGGUUAAAUAAA